GCAUUCCUAAGUGAUGAGAUUGUAUAUGCAGCAAUUAAGCAGCGAAUGGAAAAAGAUGUUGAUGAAGUUAGCAAAGUAGCUCGAUUCAUCAAAUUAAAGAUUGAGGAACUUGACAAAGAAAAUCUGGCCAAUAGAAGCAAACCAGGAUGUGGUAAAGGAUCAGCUGUUGACAGAUCAAGAACGGCAACAACAGUUUCAUUGAAAAAAAAGUUCAAAGAUAAAAUGUCCGAGUUUCAGACAUUACGAGAGAACAUCCACCAAGAAUAUCGUGAGGUUGUUGAAAGGCGUGUAUACACAGUGACGGGCAAUCGAGCUGAUGAAGAGACAAUUGAUCGGUUGAUAGAGACUGGGGACAGUGAGCAGAUAUUCCAGAAAGCUAUUCGAGAACAAGGGCGAGGACAGAUAAUGGAUACCCUAGCAGAAAUUCAAGAGCGUCAUGAUGCAGUCAGAGAGCUAGAGAGGAAGCUUCUUGAGUUGCAACAGAUAUUCUUGGAUAUGGCAGUGUUGGUUGAUGCUCAAGGGGACAUGCUUGACAAUAUAGAAUCACAGGUUUCAGCUGCAGUAGACCAUGUGCAAUCAGGGAAUACUGCUCUACAAAAGGCAAAGUCACUACAAAGGAACUCAAGAAAAUGGAUGUGCAUCGCCAUCAUCAUCCUUCUGAUAAUCGUUGCAGUCAUCGUUGUUGGCGUGCUCAAGCCAUGGAAUAGCAACAAGGGGGCUUGACUCUUUCUCCCACACAAGCAAUGUGCAAAAUACAACUGCAAGUUAAUGAGUUCUAUCUCUGCACACACUUGGUCAAUUACAGCCUUUUCUCGGUUUUGUGCAUGCUGAACCUGAAACUGUCUGUACCUCAAAAUUUGAGUUAGAAACAGUCACUGGAAAUGUGUUAUUAAUUCUUUACAGAUCUGUUUCUGUUUUUGGGUUAGCGGGACUAGGAAGUGGUUAGUGUAACGUCAAUCCAUACUACACAAACUCAUCUCACCAUAGCCAAGAUAAGUUGCAUGGUGGUAGAGAAAGUUUUACCAUUUGCAGGUGGUGUCGUUGCAAGUGAUUGUGUGUUGCUUGGUUGUGAUGGUCACACAGUGCAAACUCCAGCAAGCUGUGGAAAUGUGCUGAGGAUCAAGAUUCUCAUCUCUGUUGUCUUUCAUAUAAAAUUUGUUCUGUGUACUUUGCUUGUCUGUGAUGUCAUAUAAAAUAUGUUACAAUACGUUUGUUCUAUUCGAUCGACUAAAAGAAGUCAUUAUGGCUAA